AUGAAGUUUGCCUCUUCUCUCUUUCUCAUUGCCAAUGUGGCUACUGGAGCUCUGGCACUUAGCGGAGAUGGCGCCGCGUGCCAGUUGAACAUUGAGUGUCUCAGCGGAUACUGCAUGCCUCAUACAGGCUCGGACAAAUACGUAUGCUGGGGCCAGCGUCGCAAGGGAGACUGGUGCAACGUCAACUACAGCGGAACAGUGUGCAACAACGGACUGACGUGCCAGUCUUAUCAGGCAGCCUACGUGACGAUGGUGUCGCAGAACCUCUAUCUCUCUUACAAGAGGGACACAAAAUACCUGUUGUACUGGAUGAUCAACGUAUCCAAUCGUCUGCUCAGAUCCACCGAUGGAGAUGCUCAAUCGGCCGCAUCUGUCAACACGACAGGUCAAACCACAGUAAAUGGUCUGAUUUCCAUGUCGACACUCAUUUCUCAGCACAAGGAACCUGUACCCAAUGUUAUUUAUCGACUUUUCGGAUCCAUCAUUCAGGCGAGAUCUCUCGUUAGCACCACGUUUCAAGAGCUUAUGGGGCCUGAUUCGGACGACGAGCUCAAACGAAGUAACGAAAGUCACCGACACUUCAUAAACACUCUUCGCAGCGCCUUCAAGAUUCUUGGUGGCGAAGAAUGGGAGAAGACGAGCGCCACGACCAGCGACGAUAGCGAGGACGUUGAACAGAUCCUCUUCGCCAACAAAUUCCAAGAAUUGAGCGUCGACAAGGGAGAGUCGAGUGAUGAAGAGGACGAUGUCGCUCCACAUUCACCAGUCGCUGCACGAAAAGUCUCACGAAAGCCAAAGGGCAAGGGCAAAAAAGCGAGAAAAUACAAGAAGCCGAAGAAGGGCAAGAAACAAGACACGAAAGAUCCUGCGACCGAUGAAAUACCUAUUGAGAGCAUCCGCAUUAUCGAGGACAGUGGCGAGGUCGGCCUUGUCACAGACUAUCUACUCGCAGUCUACUCAACUGUCAAAGAAUGGGCCGAACUCCGCGCUUACAAUCAAAGUCUUUGGAAAGAGGUUGCAUACGAAGGUCUCAACAGCGCUGUCGCUGGAGCUGUAAGCAACCUGACAUUCUCCAUGGUCAAACGCACCAACGCGGCUAUCUUUGUCGACUUUCCGGGUCACGACACGUAUGAAACUAUCAUGAACACCAUCACUCGAGGAAACAUGGAGAGGGCACAGGGAAACUUCAGGCUGUCUCUCUUUGCGGUCGGUCCGGAUGGUGAACAGCACAGUCAGAAGGAGACAGCUGUGGAUAUUAAGGAGCAAUUCCUUAUCCACGCUUAUCAGGACUUGAGGGCCUUUGUACUUGACUUCCAGGCCAAUCGCACUGGCAAGCCGACAAAGGCAAUGCAGGCGAAGAUUGCCAAAUGGGACCCAAAUUUUAACUUGGAGCGCGCGACGAAUGAGGAACGAGUGUACUGGCGGCGCUGCUACACCAUCAAAUGGCUCUACGAUCUUGUCAACGUUUUCUCGUCUGUUGUGGUUCAGAGAAACACCGUCAGAGGAGAGAAGCAUGUCUACGAGGAGGUGGAUUGGUCCGCUAAUGGUCCUUGGGGCGUCCAUCGAAUCAUCUUCGGUUUGGAAGAAUUCGCGGGCGACAUCACAAACAUGGCCAUGAAGAAGCCCGGAACCGACAUCACUAAAAUGAUUUACCCGCAUCACGUUUUCCAGAUGCAGUGUAUCGUCGACUCAUUCACUGUUUCUCGCGGUUGGUCUCUGAGUGCUCUGCACGGCCAUAUGCUUCAAGCGCCGGCAAAGAAGGGUCGUGCCCGGCGAGACGUCGACCUUUUUCUUGAUCGACAGAAUAAGCGCGUUUUUGCCGGUUACUGCCAAACUGUCGAUUUACUCAAACAGAUUCUCGAUAAGGAUGGUAAAAUGGAGCAGCACAAAGACUUUUUUGAGAUCAUCAAGAUCUCGCAGCUUGAUUUCGUCGAUUUUCUUGGAGAACACAAGUACACGACCGGCCUCGAUACCAUACCGCCCUCUCGUUUUGCAGACCACGAUGCGAAUGGCCUGCAAGAGUAUUCGCCGUUCUUGUGUGGAGUUGGGCUUGAGGAAGGUCUUGAGAUCGCUUAUAGACUUGGCAUGUACCUUUGGGAACGCAUCCCUGAGCCAACGCUGAUGAUCCAUCUUCACAAUGCUGUUGUACAGAAGGGUUACCUCUCUCGACCUAUCGGACUGUGCGCUACAAUAGAGGAUCUCUUCAAGCAUACCUUCUUUGCACAGGGUCGCAUACCACAAUCGGAGUUUGUGGAUGCUCUACUCGCGUCUGUAGGACAGCCAGGGUCGAGACAGGCGCAGGCGCAGAGUCAGGCCAUUCGGCACAGAAGAAGGUAUGCCGAUAACAUCCAUCAGCUAUUCGACUUGGAGGCCAACCAGAUCUUCAAGAGGAACUCUAUGCUUACUACUUGUCGCCGAGCGGGUUGGAACCUCGAAGCCAUUCCUGAUGAGGAGCUUCAAUUCGGCAGCAUGUUGUUCUUUGAGCGGCUUAGUCGAGCAAAACAUGUUAGCGAAAAUGAACUCGAGAGCACUGUCCUUGUUCGGAAGGCGAGAGCGGUUGGAAUGACUGAUAAAGAGAUUAUUGAAGCGACAAACAAACUCUCGUCGAUUGCGAACAAUACGCUCGAGGUACCAGAUGAGGUCUUGAACAAGUAUGCACCUGAAGGCUUUCAGUUACCCCCACAAGUUGGAUCAGAAGUCCUCAACGGUCGCGAUAUUCUUGACUUGGCUAAAUUCGACAUUCUCUCCGACGUAGCAGGAAUGGCGCCAAUUUCGAGUCUUAACUAUCUCGGCGUCACCUGCUGGCUACUCAUCACGUUUGGGCGUAUAGAGGAACGUCUCAAAGAAGCUGGAAAUCCUGUGUACUUUGAGGCAUACGAGGGAUCUGGGCCUUGGAAAUUGGAGAAGAGAAUUGCUCUCGCGUUGCUUGCCCUGAAGGGAGAUAAUGAGGAGUGUUUGAGGAUUGUUGCUGAUACGUUGAAUGAAGCUCGUUCUGGAUUCAUGGAUUUUAUCUACUGGGAGGACUUGGAGACGGAACCGAGAGAGAAGGAAGAACGUGUGGACCCCAGUGUUGGAAAUGAGUGCACUGUCAUGUGA